AUGUCCAACAGCAGCUCCAUCACCCAGUUCCUCCUCCUGCCGUUCACAGACACACGGGAGCUGCAGCUCUUGCACUUCUGGCUCUUCCUGGGCAUCUACCUGGCUGCCCUCCUGGGCAACGGCCUCAUCAUCACCACCAUAGCCUGGGACCAGCACCUCCACACCCCCAUGUACUUCUUCCUGCUCAACCUCGCCCUCCUCGACCUGGGCUGCAUCUCCACCAUUGUCCCCAAAUCCAUGGCCAACUCUCUGUGGGACACCAAGGUCAUUUCCUAUGCAGGAUGUGCUGCACAGGUCUUUUUUUUUUGUUUCUUGUUUGGUUCAGAGUAUUCUCUUCUCACCAUCAUGUCCUACGACCGCUACGUUGCCAUCUGCAAACCCCUGCACUACGGGACCCUCCUGGGCAGCAGAGCUUGUGUCCACAUGGCAGCAGCUGCCUGGGCCACUGGGUUCCUCUAUUCUCUGCUGCACACGGCCAAUACAUUUUCACUGCCCCUGUGCAAGGGCAAUGCCCUGGGCCAGUUCUUCUGUGAAAUCCCCCAGAUCCUCAAGCUCUCCUGCUCACACUCCUACCUCAGGGAACUUGGGCUUCUUGUGGUCAGUGCCUGUUUAGGUUUUACGUGUUUUGUUUUCAUAGUGGUAUCCUAUGUGCAGAUCUUGAGGGCCGUGCUGAGGAUCCCCUCUGAGCAGGGACGGCACAAAGCCUUUUCCACCUGCCUCCCUCACCUGGCCGUGGUCUCCCUGUUCAUCAGCACUGGCAUGUUUGCCUACCUGAAGCCCCCCUCCAUCUCUUCCCCAUCCCUGGACCUGGUGGUGUCUGUUCUGUACUCGGUGGUGCCUCCAGCAGUGAACCCCCUCGUCUACAGCAUGAGGAACCAGGAGCUCAAGGAGUCUAUUAGAAAAGUGAUUUCAUGGGUGUUUGUCUAUACUGAUCAGCAUUCCAUCACUGUCCACAAAUGAUGUCUAUUUGUAUCCCAGUGCAGGCCUGUACCUUGUUUUAUCCCUCUUAAUUUGUUAGCAUUACCCAUAUUGUUAUUUGUGGUUUUUAUGUUCCUACAUAAUUGUUUGUGUUUAGCUGACUAUCCUGAAAAAUGUACCCAUUAUUAAUAUUUUUAAAACACGUGAAACCUGUAUAACUGUUUUCCUAACACUGUUUCAGAGCUUGGUCUCCCACAGCAUCUCCGUAAUAAAAUGAC